AUGUCUCGAUUUUUCCGUGGCGGCAACGAGAGCUCUAGUGAGAGCAGCUCUGACGAGGAGGAGCUCUACUCCGAAGAGGAGGAGGAAGAACUCGAAGAUGAGGGCGAUGACUCCGACAACGACGGUUCUGGCGAUGAUGACUCCGACUCCGAUUCUGACGCCGACGCUGGCGGCAAGAAGAAGGGUGCGGCAAAGUUCUUGGUGGAUGACGACUCCUCCGAUGAGGAAGACAGCGAUGCGGAAGUGACCACAAAAGUCAAGAGUGCCAAGGACAAGCGCCUCGAUGAGCUCGAGUCUACUGUGACGGCCAUCGCAAACGGCAUGAAGAUCAAUGACUGGGGCUCUAUUGCAACAGAGUUCGACAAGCUUAACCGCCAGGCUGAGAAGUUGCGCACCGGUACAACUGCUCCCAAGAUGUACAUCAAGAUCAUCGCAGAUUUGGAAGACUUCAUGAACGAGACUCUGGCCAAGCAAAAGGUCACACCCAAGAAGAUGAACGCCACAAAUGCUCGCGGUCUGAAUGCCGUCAAGCAGCGCAUCAAGAAGAACAACAAGGAGUACCAGGCACAAAUCGAUGCCUACAAGGCCGACGAGUUCGAGUUUAUGAUGGACACAGAAGACGAGGAGGAGCAGCCGGCACCAAAGCCUAAGAAGGCCGCCAAGGUCUCGUUUGACGAGGCCGCUGCAGAAGACGAGGAAGACGAUGAGGGCUUCGCGAGGGUCGGCAAGGGUGGCAAGACGCUGCAAUUCACCCCCGAGAGUAUCUUCAAGCACCUGCGGGCAAUCCUGGAGUCUCGUGGCAAGAAGAACACCGACCGUGGCGAGCAGAUCAAGAUCAUGGAAAAGCUUGGCGAAAUUGCCCAGACGCCCUACCAACGGAUCCGUGUUCUCCUCGCACUCGUCUCUUCACGAUUCGAUAUCGGUACCAGCGCAGGCGCGGCCCUGUCUGUCGAGCACUGGAAGGCGGCAGAGAAGGAGCUGUCUCUCCUGUUGACCGUCCUCGACGAGAACAAGGACCACAUCGUGCUGGAGAGCGCCGAGGAGUGGGACGACGACGAGAAGCCCCCUACCCUCGAGAAGGGCGAAAAGUACAUCAAGAUCCCUGGAAGCAUCGUGUCCUACACGGAAAGGCUUGACGACGAGCUCACCCGUUCUCUCCAAGCCAUCGACCCCCACACCUCAGAGUACAUUGAGAGGCUGAGUGACGAGGGUGCUCUGUACAACAUCAUUUUCCGUGCCCAGCUUUACUACGAGGGUCUUCGCAAGGAUGCCUCGCUCGAGAUUCCUCAGGAGAGCUUGAACCGUGCCAUCAUGCGCCGUCUUGAUCACGUUUACUUCAAGCCCGCUCAAGUCAUCAAGAUUCUCGAGGAGAACAGCUGGAAGGCUGUUGGUGACAAGGAGUCCAGCAUCACCCCCCGCGAGCAGACGGUGGAGGCUGCCCAACUGGUCAACGUUCUUUGCAACUACCUCUUUGCAAACAGCGAGGGCAUCCACAGAGCACGAGCGAUGCUGUGCCAGAUCUACUUCCUGGCGCUGCACGAUGACUACUACAAAUCUCGUGACAUGAUGCUUAUGUCGCACUUGCAAGAGACCAUCAGCAGCUUCGACGUUCUCACCCAGAUUCUCUACAACAGGACGCUUGUUCAGGUCGGACUCUGUGCGUUCCGCAAGGGGCUCGUCUACGAUGCCCAGAACACUCUGCAAGACAUUUGCGGCAGUGGCAGGCAGAAGGAGCUGCUCGCUCAGGGUGUGAUGAUCCAGAGGUUCAACCAGGUCUCGCCCGAGCAGGAAAGGUUAGAGAGGCAAAGGCAGCUGCCCUUCCACAUGCACAUCAACUUGGAGCUGCUGGAAUGCGUCUACCUCACAUGCAGCAUGCUCCUUGAGAUUCCUCUGCUGGCCCAGACUGGCUCAUCACCCGACAUCAAGAAACGCAUCAUCAGCAAGACUUACAGGCGCAUGCUCGAGUACCAUGAGAGACAAAUCUUCACUGGACCCCCCGAGAACACCAGGGACCACGUGAUGCAGGCAUCCAAGGCCCUUGCCGCUGGCGAGUGGAAGAAGGCCACGUCGUUUAUUCACAGCAUCAAGAUCUGGGAGUUGAUGCCUAACACGGAUGCCAUCAAGACCAUGCUUGCCAAGCAGAUCCAGGAGGAGGGUCUGAGGACGUACCUUUUCACAUACGCCCCCUUCUACGACACGCUGAGCAUCGAGACGCUGAGCGACAUGUUCGAGCUGGAGUCGACCAAGAUCUCGGCCGUCGUGAGCAAAAUGAUCAGCCACGAGGAGCUUGCCGCUGCCCUCGACCAGGUCAAACAAACGGUCAUCUUCCGGAAGGGUGUCGAGCUCAGCCGUCUGCAGAGCCUUGCCCUUACCCUCUCAGACAAGGCCAGCUCGCUCAUCGAGUCAAACGAGCGUACGUUGGAACAGAGGACCCAGGGCACAAGCAACGCAUUCGAGAGACAGGGCGGCAGGGGUGGCCGUGGUGGCGGCAGGGGCAGAGGCGGCGGCAGGGGAGGCCCGCGGUUUGGCGGCAACACACAGCGGCAAGCUGGUGGAACGCAGUUCACCGGUGGAGCUCUGGGUGCAGCUGUACGUGCGUAG